CUCCAUAGAAACGACAAGAUCUCACUCACACUUAUAAACCGUUUCCAUGUUGGUUUUCGCGGCACUGAAGCGUCGUUGAACUUAUUUUCAUUUAAAAUCUGUGUAUUUAUCUAUAUAUUUCUGUGUUUUGGUGCAUAUAUUAAAGAAGUGUGUUUUUGGCGUCUAUAAAUAUUAUCAUUACUUAUACGGCAAUGGAUUUUCAUCGUUAACAAGCCUGUGAAAAUAUCAUGGCGUGUCUGGGCCUAAUGCAUUAGGCAGAUUCUCGUAACAAAAUAGGACUUUGCACAUAUCAUAUCGGGACGUUCCAUUUUCUGGUUAUUUUUUCAGUAUCAGUGAUGCAGGUAGGUUCGAUUGUGAUAUUUGGAAUAAUUCUAUCAUUUUGAGGUGUUUAGCAAAAAAGGAAAUUAAGUUUUUCGAUGUACUGUGUUUGAUAAUGUACCAGACAGACCGCCUAUCACCCAUUUUGUCCGAGUGCCUAUUACGUUCGCUGGACGUUGAAUUGGCAUAAUAAUGCCUCGUAUGCCAACCUAGCUAUAGUUUGACUAGUGCUACUCGACUACCGUGGUUUGGCGUUGUAUCACUCAAUUUUAUAUUCACCAAUUCCAUGAUUAGCAGAAAUUUUGAAAUACGAAAAUUUUACAUAAUAUAUGUGAAAGUUGAAACAGAAUUCUAAAUGACGGUGUUGAGCGCCUGAAUUGAUUAAAAAUGGAUGAAUCAGAGGAGAAUAUGAGUACUGAAGAUAUCAGUAAUGUUGACAGUCCUGUGUCUGUCAAAAUAAAACCUAAAAAGAGGUCGCUGGUUGAGCGAGAACUUGAAACUAACUUGACAGCCCGAGUGACAUCUCCUGUCACCGGCGAAGGCUCUAACACCAGCAGGUAUGGCCGGGCCCGUAGACUCAAGACUGCUUCAGAAAUUGAUGCAGAGAAAAUCAUGAAGCCAUUAAAAGUUGAUGUUACUAAGCAACCGCAGGCAUAUAAGAUGCAUGCAUCUAAUUCACCUAUAAAAAAGGAAACUCCUAAAAGAACAAUCUCAGUGGGGUCAAGCAUUGAAGAUCAGAUAGAGAACAUUUAUAAUGAGAACAUAUCUUUAAGCCGGUUUGGGUCCGAAGAGAAGGCUAAAUCUCAGUCCCCUGCCAAGAAAUUCAGCAAAGUUUAUAUCCGGAAGGAUCUGAUUCAGAAACCGGACACAGAUACUGUUGUGUUGAUUAAGAAUAUGUUUUCACCAAACAAAUCUAGUUCUCAUUUGAGCAAUAUCCUAGAGAGAUCCUCUGAGAAAUAUUCUUUAAAUGGACAUGGGAAGGCCAUGAACGGUUUUCCGGAUACUUCUUCAGUUGUUAAAACAUUAGAUUUUGAUGGUAAAAAGAAAAACAAACAAGUUUCCCCUGCACAGACUAUUAAAAAGGAAGUCAAAGAGAAAAUAUCCAAAGAUGUAAAAGAAAAGGUUAUAUUUAAAGAUGUAAAAGAGAAGUUGGUGGCGAAGAAUGAGUUAUUUGAGCUGGAGGCGACCUGUGAGUACCAAGUCGGAGACUUGGCAUGGGCGAGGGUUGGCACUUACCCAUUUUGGCCAUGCAUUGUCACUAGGGAGCCAUUUAGUGACAUGUUUGUUAAGAAGAAGUUGUUCGGCCGCGUGGAGCGCUCAGUGAUCCACGUGACUUUUUUCGGUGACAACGGCCGACGCGGGUGGAUAGUAGACAACAUGCUCCGCAAGUACCUCGGCAGGGCAGAGUUCGAAGCAUGUCGCAACAAGUUCACGCCAGAGUCCAAGAAGAAGGAUCCACGUCUGUAUGCGGCGCACUUCGUCUCAGAGAAGAAACUACCAUUAUGGAAUGUGUCCGUCGAAGAGGCAGAAACGCUUAUGAAAGAGCCCAAGAGACUUCGAAUCGAUGCCCUAUACGACAUGCUCGAAAAGGCAAGAGCUGCCAAAACUACCCCCAGCAAACGUGAUAAGGGAGGGAAGAUCACACGAACUGACAGCGACGUAUCUUUAAGCGAGAGCUUAUACGAUACACUGUUCUCUGAAGAUGAUGGCAAACAAGAUGAUAACCGCUUGAAUAGAGCAAGGAAUAAGUCUUUAGAUGUCUCUGAAGUAGUCACAGCUUGCUUAGACAAUAUGGCGGCGAGAAGCGGCAUCAUACAAAUACAGAGACAGUCACACAUGGACAGGUGGCUGCAGAAAGCUAAAUCUAAAACCCCAGAAAAAAUACAACCGAAAUUACAUAUUAAGGUAGAAAGAGAAAAGAGAAAGGAUAAAGCCAAAAAGAAGAAAGAAGGUAAAAGUACGCAUAAAACGAGGAAGAAUGAAUCUCUUGGAUGUGGUACUAAUUUGCUACCGUAUCAAAAUGAGCAUGAUUAUAGUAGUGUUAAUUAUGAAAAUCAUGAUAUCAAUGACAGUUCUAAUAAAAAUACCGACUCGGCCAGUGGACUUGACAGCACAUUGGAUACUAGUACAACUAUUAGUGAUAUUGGUGUUACCGUAAAAAUUGAAAAUAUUGAUAGCAAUAUGGAAGACUGUAGUCAAGAAGAUAUCAUAACAUCUAUAGUGAAUGAUGACAUUGUUAUGACAGAUUCAGUCAAUAUUAGUAAAGAUGAAACCAGAAAUAAUGAAUCAAAUCCAAAAGACAUAAGUAAUAAUAAUAAAAUAGAAAAUAACAAUGAACAUAUUCUAGAUACCGGUAGCAAAGAUAAUGAACUUGUAGAAAUUAAAGAAGAACUUCCAUUUAAUACCUGUGAUUUACCAAAUUCUAUUCAGCCUAGACGAAGUAAAAGAAAGAGACAGACCUUUGAAGGCUUAAACAAUAGUAUAACCGGAAACAAAGCUAAAGAGCCUAAGUUAGAUUUAAAUAACCUUAAACCCAAUGAGGAAACAACGACUCCCAAUAAAGUACCUAAAAGUAAUAAUAACCAAGAAAGUAAAGAAGAAACUGAGGAUUCCGAAAAAAUGGAAAUGGCGAUUAAUGAACCAGCCAUUGAAAAUUUGGACAAGCAAAUAUCUCAGAACAUCAAGGUUGAAUCAACAGACUCAUUUUCUGAUCAAUCAAAACAUCCAAUUGAACCUUUGAAUAUAGCUCCAUGCGAAAGUUCCUAUCAAAAACCAGAGCCACAGCGAAACAGUGAUGUCCUAACUGUUGAUAGUCACGAAAAAGCACUCGCAGAAUCGGAGAAAUGUGUUAAAGAAACUGGUUUGAUUACGACCACUACUGACGGAGAUAUAUCCACUAUAAGACGUUCUAGGCGUUCAAAAGAAAAACAGGACGCCAAGAAGACUAAAAAAGAUUUAAAAGAAAACAACAAGUUUGAAUCAACUGACCUUAUGGCUUUUGAUAAUAUACCUAAAUCUGUGGUUGACAAUGUACCACUUAAUUCCGAAAACACGAACACAGAGAAUCAUCUACCAACCGAAACCAAAAUUGAAAACGAAACAUCUCUAAACAGCAAAGAAUCGGAGAAAUGUGUUAAAGAUAAUGGUUCGAUUACGACCAAUAAUGAUGGAGAUAUAUCCACUAUCAGACGUUCUAGACGUUCAAAAGAGAAACACGACGCGAAAACGACAAAAACAAAUUUAAAAGAAAACAACAAGGUUGAAUCAACUGACCUUAUGGCUUUUGAUAAUAUACCUAAAUCUGUGGUUGACAAUGUACCUCUUAAUUUCGAAAACACGGACACAGAGACUAACCUACCAACCGAAACUAAAAUUGAAAACGAAACAUCUCUAAACAGCAAAGAAUCGAAGAAAUAUGUUGAAGAAACUACGACCAAUAAUGAUGGAAAUAUAUCCACUAUCAGACGUUCUAGACGUUCAAAAGAGAAACAUGACGCGAAAAAGACAAAAACAAAUUUAAAAGAAAACGACAAGGUUGAAUCAACUGACCUUAUAGCUUUUGAUAAUAUACCUAAAUCUGUGGUUGACAAUGUACCUCUUAAUUUCGAAAACACGGACACAGAGACUAACCUACCAACCGAAACCAAAAUAGAAAACGAAACAUCUCUAAACAGCAAAGAAUCGGAGAAAUGUGUUGAAGAAACUGGUUCGAUCACGACCACCAAUGAUGGAGGUAUAUCCACUAUCAGACAUUCUAGACGUUCAAAAGAUAAACACGACGCCAAGAAGACAAAAAAAGAUUUAAAAGAAAACAACAAGGUUGAAUCGACUGACCGUAUGACUUUUGCUGAUAUACCUAAAUCUGUGGUUGACAAUGUACCACCUAAUUCAAAAAACACGGACACAGAUGAUAUACCAACCGAAACCAAUAUUGAUAAAGAUGAAGAUAAAACAUCUCUAAACAGCAAUGCUGAAUCAACUGAGCUUAUUUCAUGCGUUAGUAGUAUAUCCAAACCUGUGGUAGACAUAAAACCACUUAAUUCAGAAAUCGCGGUAACAGUGAGUAAUGAAUCAACUACUAUAAAUUUAGAAAAAGAAAUUUCUGAAAACAGUAGGGUGGAAUCAAUGGAAAUAUGUGGUGACAAACCUAAUGAUGAGAAUAAAAAUGAACCACUUAGUUCAGAAAUUACGGUAACAGAAAGUAAUGUGCCAACUGUAAAAAAUAUUGAAGAACAAACAUCUCAAAAUAAGAAACUUGAAUCGGCAGAGCCUAUACCGUGUUGUAGUAAAUCUAAACCCGUGGUUGUUAUCGAACCACUUAAUUUUGAAAGCACUAUAUUAAAAAGUAAUACAGCAACUGUAACUUAUUUGGAAGAAACUACCAAAAACAGCAAACCUGAAGCAACAGAGCUCAUGUUAUUUAAUAAUAAAUCUAGACCCGUCGUUGUAAUUGAACCACUUAAUUGUGAAAAUGUAGUAACAGAAUGUAAUCCAACAAACAUUGCAAAUUUAGAAAAAGAAACUUCUCAAAAUAACAAACUUGAAUCAAUGGGGCUAAUGGCAUUUCAUAAAAGUUCCAAACCCGUGGUUGUCAUUGAACCACUUGACAUGCAAGGUCUAGAAACACAAUUCAUAAUUAAAGGAUCAAAACCACUUGUUCGAAAUAGGUCGUUAGAUAGUUUAAAUAAAAAAGAAAACUUCGAAGACAAAUCAGAAACAAGUGUAUUAUCAGAUUUGGUUCAAAAUGAUGUUAGUAAUGUUUUGAAAGACGUCAACAACACAACAGAAGUGAGCAACGCAGUCCAUGUAGAGUUAGAAAACGUUAAUAGCAAACCAAAUAUUGAUACAGAUACAACAAGUCAAUAUACUGAUGUGAAACCCAGGACAACUCAAGAUGUUUCUAAGGAUGGUCAUCAGGAGACUGAGAUAAGUUUUGAUGAUUCCGAGAGAGCGGAAGUUGAUGACGGUGCUUCUCAUGUUGUUGAAAAGGAUCUGGGCGUUGCGACCAGCUCGAUUCCGCGAACUGAAUUAACGGAAACAAUUCUAGAUCCUUCCGCAUUAAUAGGGACCAAAAUAAUUGAAGUUCCUAAACAACCUUUUAUGAAGAAAGAUGAUGACAUUCUUAAAAGUAAUGUUCAGACCAAUGUUGUUAUUGGAGAAGAGACAUAUAUAUUUGAUAGGACCUUAUCACAAGAUUACGAUGAAACUGAUGGUGAUUGUUAUGACGAAUAUAGUCACUUACCCCAGGUUAUUAUUAAUGAAGAAGUUCAAAAAGCCAUUUUGAUUCAAAAUAAUUUGAUUAGUAAUAAAGAAAUUUCAUCACAAGAGUCUUGUACAGAUAAAACAAACAACAGUACUGAAAAAAUAUCAAGUUUAAGUUAUGAUAGUGGGCCUGAAAUUGUUAAAAACGAUUCACAGAUCCAAGGUAAUUGCAUUUCUUUAGAUAAAAAUAAUAUACUAAACAAUUUAGAAACAGCAGAAGACCACAAAGUUCCUACAGGUGAUGUAAGUACUAUAGUGAACGAAGAAAAUAAUUCUACCGAAGUAACUCAAGACAAUAAUGACAAGUGUGUUUUUUUAGAUCAACGUUCAAAAACAGCAGAUGCAACAUCAGCUGACAAUAUAGAGAAAAAAAGAAAAUCACCGAGACUAAGUUUAAAUAGAACCAGAAAUUACUCGUUAAUAUUAAACAAAGUAUCCGAUCAUCUAAAACCAGCAUCUGUUCUUUCGAAUGACAAUGAAAUGUUGAUUAGUAGUAAACGUACAAAAAAUGACCCGGAAUUUGUUAAAUAUAUGGAGAUUCGCCAAGAUGCUCUAUUAGAUGAACAACCUGACUUGACUCAAGAUGAAAUUGUAACAUAUUUAUAUAAAAAUUGGCUUUAUGAAGAGGAGAAAAAAUCAGAUAUGAAAAAGAUGGAUGACAAUGAACAGGCUAGUUUAGUUAAAGGUUUUCAAGAAUCACAACAGCCGAAGAAAAUUAAGAAGAAACCUAAAGUCGAAAAAGCAGCAGAGUUGAAAAAUAUAGACAUACGUGAGAUGUUGUACAAAGGGAAAACUAAAUCGUUUCCUAUUAAGUCAGAACUUUCAAGUGAACCUUUAAGUAACACUGAAGACAACAUAGCUUUCUGCGAAGGUUCCUAUCAAGAACCAGAGCCACAUCGAAACAAUGUUUUACAAACUGUUGAAAGUAACAAAAAUUCAUACACAGAACCGCAGAAAUAUGUUAAAGAAACAGGUUCAACCACAAAUGAUAACGAUUUAUCCACUAUCAGACGUACAAAAGACAAGCACGACACCAAAAAGACAAUGAAUGAAUUAAAAGAAAAGGUGGAAGAUAAAUGUGUUGUAAAAAUAGCUUCGAGAAAUACUAUUGUCAGUAAAGUGUCUACGAUAAAUACUAGAAGUUUACGCCUUUCAAAAGACAAACAAGGUAUCAAACAGAUAGUAAAUCCAGACCCAGAAAAAUGUUUAAUAGAAAAAAGUCACAGAAGUUCAAAUGACAUUGAAAUUCCAUUUACUAAUCGUCCAGAUCAGCCAAAACAAAAAGAAGACGCCAAAAAGGCAAUGGACGAUCCAGAGUUCAGGAAAUAUUUGGAAAUUCAUCAAGAUGAUUUAUUAGAUGAACAAUCUGAAUUAACACGGGACGAAAUUGUUACUUAUUUGUAUAAAUAUUGGCUUUAUGAAAAUGAUCCCAAAUCAGAAUUGAAGAAAAUUGAUGAGAACCAACAGUUUUAUUUAGCCAAUGAUCUAAAUACUGAAAACAAUAAACGUUUAGGUCAUGCAAAAGAAGGCCUAGAUACCGUACAAAUCACUGACUCGGAAAAAUGUGUAUUAGAAAUAGCAUCACCGAAUGACAGUGAAAUUUCUAAUGUAAAAGAACAAGAUGCCAAAGACAUGAUUAGUACAGAACCAGAAAUGUUCCAGGUAAAUCCUAACGACAGUACAGCGAGUACUAAACCUAAACCAGGUCGCACAAAAGAAAAACAGGACACAAAAAAGGCAAUGAAUGAGCCAGAAUUUAUAAAAUAUCUAGAAAUACAUCAAGAUACUUUACUAGAUGAGCAACCUGAUCUUACGCAAGAUGAAAUUGUUAAUUAUUUGUAUCAAAAUUGGUUGUAUGAAGAAGGAAAUAAAUCAGAAAUGAAGAAAAUUGACGAUAACGAGCAGUCUAAUCUAAUUAAAGGUUUAAAUAAUUUGCCAGCGCCACAGCUUAAGAAAGUCAAGAAGAAAUCUAAGUUUGAAAAAGCGCCCGAAUCUAAAAAUCUAGAUAUAAGACAUAUGUUGCACAAGGAAAUCUCAAAAUCAGCUCCAAGCGACUCCGAAUUUUCAAGGGAAAAAGGUGCUAAAGAAUCCGAUAAAAAUAAUCUUCCGGAACAAGUCGAAACUCCCUGUAUAAAAAAUGAAAACGGCACACACGAAUCUAAAGAUGUCCAAAAUAUCGACACACUAAAUAAUAUUGUUCAUUCCACUCCACUUAGCAGGGUAGAAUCCAUUAGCGUUAAUAAAAAUACUUUUGGCCAAAAUUGUGAUAAUAUUCUGAAGACUGUUAAAGAGGAAAGCUCUGAAAACUUGAAUAAUCCUAUAGAGGCAGCAAAAAUGCUUCAAAGACGUAUUUCUGGUCACCGAGAAAGCAAUAAGUCAGAUCAACAUAUGGACGACGCAGAAAAUAACAUCUCUAAAAAAUUAGAUGACAUUGAAGACAUGGAGUUUGGCCUAGAUGAACUUGAGGACAAAGACAAUGAAGACACAAAAGAAUCUACACACUGCAAAAUAAUCAAUGGCUUUAUUGAAUUUGAAGUAGGUUCCAAAUCUAAAACUAAUGAAGGAUUUGAUCCGGAAACUGCUUCUAUCAAAUCCGAAGACAGCGGAGUCUCUACUACAACACGUAAAGCACGUAAAGAAAAAGACGCGAAGUCAAUGGACGAUCCUGAAUUUUUAAAAUAUUUAGAAGCUCGUCAAGACGCUCUGAUUGAUGAACAACCUGAUUUAACUCAAGAAGAAAUUGUGACAUAUUUGUAUCAAACUUGGUUUUAUGAAGAAAGCACGAAGUCGGACAUGAAAAAGAGCGAUGAAACCGAACAGUCUAAUUUGGUGAAAGGUUUGAACCAGGAACCGCUACCACAACCAAAGAAAAUUAAGAAGAGACCUAAAGUUGAAAAAGAACCAGUGGAAAAGGUGAAAAGCACCGAAGUCAAAGACAUCAAACUCGAAAAAUCUGAAAAGGUUUUGAAAAAUGCCGAUAUACGCGACAUGAUACAAAAACCAAAACGGAAGGCCACACAAUCCAAGCCGUACUAUAACGAAGAUUUUUCCGAUUUGGAGGAAGAAGAUUUAGAAACAUUUAAAAUAUUUGACAGAGACGAACCGAACGCAGAUGGCGAGGAAAUUGAUGAAGUAGAAUUAUAUUUCGAACAACUAACGAAACCGAAGCCUAACGUUUUUAAAGGUUAUGUCAGAGAGCGAGUUUGCGAAAUCUGUUAUCGCACAGGCAACUUAGUAAAAUGUAAAAGCUGCCAUGGAACGUAUCAUGUAGAAUGUGUAAAGAAGGAAACUGAAAUUACCGAAGUAGCGGGACCUACGAGAGGCCGAAAGAGAAAGCGAGGCCGGAAGCCUAAAGGCUACGAUCCUUCAUUAGACACUGACAGCCAAAGCGACGAGCGAUCUCAAGAUGCCAAUAACUCUGGAGAAAUUAACAUUUCGAUUGAAGACGAGGCCGAAUCUCAUAUAGUAUUUGAUGAGGAUAACUUCGAAACACUAUGGGAGAAUAAAAUGAAAGAGCUGCAAAUUGACACUCAAGACGAAUAUGCUAGCGAUCAGGAAAUUGAUUGGGAAGUAGAGCCGGGCCAUUGUGAAAUAGUCGAUUUAAAACAUAAAGAGAAACCUAUAGACUAUUCAAACUACAAAUGUAAUAACUGCCUAAAAUAUGAAACUCCGGUAUGUUUCGUCUGUAAAUCCAACAAAUCACCUAAAGCUUUAAUAGAAGUACGUCAGAAAUGCCAAGUAGCUCACUGCCAUAGAUACUACCACUUAGAAUGCUUAGAUCACUGGCCGCAAACACAAUUUAACUCUUGGGAGCCGUCUAAGACUAAUAAAAAGCAAAUUGAAUACAUUGAAGCGUUGUCAUGCCCCAGGCAUGUAUGCCAUACUUGUGUGUCGGAUGAUCCAAGGGGGUGUAAGACGAGGUUUUGUGGUGAUAAGUUGGCGAGAUGCGUGAAAUGCCCGGCGACUUAUCAUUCGUACACGAAAUGCUUGCCGGCGGGAACGCAGAUACUGACUGGGUCGCAGAUUAUAUGCCCAAGGCAUUACGAGCAUAGACCGGGCAAGGUCCCGUGCCACGUGAAUACUGGCUGGUGCUUCAUCUGCGCGCUCGGUGGCACGCUUAUUUGCUGCGAGUAUUGCCCCACAUCGUUCCACGCUGAAUGCCUCAAUAUUAAGCCGCCUGAAGGAAGCUACAUGUGUGAAGAUUGUGAAACGGGCCGUUUACCUCUGUACGGAGAGAUGGUCUGGGUCAAAUUGGGACACUACAGAUGGUGGCCAGGCAUAGUCCUUCACCCUACAGAGAUCCCGGACAACAUUCUAGCAGUCAAACACUCGCCAGGCGAAUUCGUAGUGAGGUUCUUCGGGCAGUAUGACCACUACUGGGUCAACAGAGGCAGAGUGUUCCCUUUCCAAGAAGGCGAUUCCGGCAGAAUAUCGAGCCAGAAGUCCAAGAUAGACGCAGCCUUCACCACCGCCAUGGAACACGCGCAGCGGGCUUGCGAAAUAUUAAAAAAAAUGGAACCCAAUGAAGAAGAAGAUUUAGACAUCGCAUCAUCCCUACUACCACCGCACUACGUCAAAUUGAAAGUCAACAAACCAGUCGGCAGUGUCGUUCGAAGAGAUGUGGACGCUAACUCACUUACGCAGUGCGACUGCGAUCCGAACCAACCAGAUCCUUGUGGCCCUUACUCUCACUGUCUCAACAGGAUGCUGCUGACGGAGUGCGGGCCGCUGUGCCGCGCGGGCGAGCGCUGCAGCAACCGCGCCUUCGAGAAGCGCGCCUACCCGCGCCUGCAGCCGCACCGCGCGCCGCACCGCGGCUGGGGGCUGCGCACGCUGCAGGACAUCAAGCAAGGUCAAUUCGUGAUCGAGUACGUCGGCGAGCUGAUCGACAUGGAGGAGUUCCGGCGGAGGAUGUGCCGGAAACACGAGAUCCGGGACGAGAACUUCUACUUCCUCACGCUAGACAAGGAGCGAAUGAUCGACGCGGGGCCUAAAGGCAACCUUGCCAGAUUCAUGAACCACUGCUGCGAGCCGAACUGCGAGACGCAGAAGUGGACGGUGCUCGGAGACGUGCGCGUCGGGCUGUUCGCUCUCUACGACAUACCCGCCAAUAGCGAAGUGACAUUCAACUAUAACUUGGAGUGCGCCGGUAUAGAGAAGAAGCGAUGUCUGUGCGGCGCCAAGCGGUGUUCUGGCUACAUUGGUGCUAAACCCAAACAGUUACAGGAAGACAAACCUAAACUACCCAAGCGCACAUACAAGAAGCGAAAACCGGUCGAAGAGAAACCAAAAAUAACUAAAAUAAAAAUAAAACCCAUCAAGCCGCGAGAACUGACUGAGAUCGAGAAAGACCUACUUAUAAUUAAAAACGCUACCAACGGAAUGUCCAGCGAUUCUGAAGGCAGCAGACUUAGUGUUGAUGAUAAGAAUCCUAAGGCGUUGAAAAGGAAACGGGUUAGCUUUUCUACUGACGAGUUUGGUGCGAAGAAAGCUAAGGUGGAAAGUGAAGGUGAUGCCGUCUAAUGGACCUUUUAUGGAUUUAACCCUUAACGUCUCGCCUAUCGUGUGCGGCGCGUCAUUGUGAACCUUAUGGGAAUGCACGAAGGUUGAUACUAGGAUGUAUAGUGUGUAGCUUUCAAAUAGGGCUCGACGGCUAAUCCUAUUGUCUAUUGUAAGUAAAACCGCACGUGCUACUUACCUGCAAAAAAGGGGUCUUCAUUAUUCUAUUUGGCACCUGAGCGCGGGCUAGACCAACGCUCAAAAAACCAGUGUAGGUGAGCUCUCCGAUAACGCGCCUUUGUUACGCAUCUCGAUGACACAUUUUAGACUGGUUCUGUAGCGUUCGACUCGCCGGCACUCGGUAACCGAAGUACGUAUUUUUUAUGCAAGUGGUUGUGGCACGUGGCACGAGUAGACCAAUAGGAUUAGCCGUCGAGCUCUAUUUGAAAGCUACACACUAUAGCUAUGCACGUCGGGUGACGUCUUUGGGGGUUAACGGGUUAAAAUGUAAAUCGUUAUCUUGUUAUACGUAAAGGGAGCAUUUCAUGAAAUUGUCUACCGUUUGUACAAACGCUAAUUUUCUAAAGAUUUGCAGGUAUAAGAGUUUCCUUUUCUAUGACAAACGGUCAAAAAUAUGCACAGUAAAAUAAUCGCAUGCUUUAAAUGCCAAAAAAGUCGCAACACAGGAAAUAAAAUGCGUUUGUACGGGACAGCCCGUGGAAUGCACUUUAGCCCAAAUCUAGGCAGGCAUAUACUAUUAAUAAGUCUGAAGGAAGUUAAGUUACCUGAAAGUGAUGAGGGUUAACCCUUUCCUAGGCAUAGUUUUAUCGACCACAUACUUGCGAAGAGAAUUUCAACUUUAGCAUUCCGAUUUAGCGUUGAAAUUAGAUAGCUUUCGGGAAAUGUGAUUUUGAUAUGUCUUCAAAUGAAUCAUCAAAGCUGGAUUAAUUGGAAUAUAUUUUGAUUUUUUUUGGAAAACCUUUUAAUUGGUGCGGCCUAAAAAAGAGUUUGAUUCUUUAUGAAGAGUCGCAUAAAUAUCUGACACGACUUUGGAUAGUCAAAAGCGUGUAGUAUUUUCUCGUGUUUCCCAUUAUAAAAUGGUAUGUUCGGAGAGAAAUAAGUUUGUGUUUAUUAGGCUAUGAAAAUUUGACAAAAAUCAAAGAUAGACUAUGAAAAGAAAUGAAAAUCGUAUGAAAUCAUGUUGUUACAAUACUGCCAAAAGUAUGUUCACUACAGGGAGCAUUCGACAUUCUUUUGACAGAUUUUAUGUUAUUAGUAGACUUUGCUUAAUGAUUAUUAUAAUUUGCAAACUGCUGAAGACAGCUGUUGUAAUACUUGUAAUAUAAUUAUAACCUCUACCCGCCCGGAGACCUAUAAAAAGGUCUCCUGUUCCAUUCUAAUUUGAACUUUGUGUUGACACAAUAAAAUUUCAUUUUGCUUGGCAAGGUUUGAGGUAUUGGCGGCUAGAGGUUAUAUACAAAGCGCCGACUGAUGUAUGUUUGCGUUGUUCUUGUAGCGCCAUUUGAGUUGAGUAUCGCUUACAACCUUCUUAUUUAUACACUCAUAUUGGCCUUAGGGUGGUAUUCUACCUGUCCAAUGUCAGUGUGUCUCACUCUCUCAUUAAAGCAAAAUGUGAGACGCAACACAUUGGACAAAGAAAUUGGAUAGGUGGAAUACCACCCUUAUAUAAAAACAAGGAUUAAAUACCUAAAGAAAUGAGUAUGAGCUUAAUAAAUAUAUAUGGGCUCCAAAUGCAAUAUAAAACCAGAAAUAAGAUGGAAAGUACAUAUUAUGAGGUGAACUUAACAAAAUAAUACUUUAUUAUGUCAACUUCUAUGCGACUACAACAAAAAAUCGAAAAAUUAAAUUUUGUAAACUACGUUCACCUCAAAUGAUCAAAGAAGGUUGAUUGUAAUCAUUAUAAGAAUAUAACUAGGGCUUUAAACUAUUCAUUUCUUAUACUAGACUCCUUUAACAUACUUAUUAAUAAUAUAAAGACGUUUAAAAUGAAUCUUAUUGCUGUCACACUAAGAUUCAAUUUCCAACAAAAAUUUGUCGACAACUUUUAUAUUAUUGAGAAUGUAUCAAGUUACUUUUUUGAGUUUAAUUUUGUAAAUAAUUCUAUGGAUUUUGUAUAUAGUUACAAUUAUGUUUGACACAUGUAAAGAAUAAAAAUGUUUUUUUUUGUUACUAUUGUUUUGAGUGAAUGCUGUGAAGCUUCUUUAUUCACUUUAAAUCACACUUAUUCUAAUUUUUAUUUUGUAUAACUUUAGUUAGGCCAUAAAUUCAUCUCAGUACCUAUAGUUCGUUUUUUUAGCAUUAGAAAUAAGGUAAGCAAUCUUGAUGUGUCUUUUAAUUGAAAAACACAUUUUAAAAAUAAGUUACGGCAAAUAUGUAACAAUUAUGAAUCUAAUACGAUCAUUUAUAUUCUUCUGCUUUCAUAAAUGAUAGUUAGUGAUUUUUAAUAAGCGUUUUUCAAUUAAAAGACAUGCUAAAAUCGCUUACCUUCUUCCAAGUUCUUUCUAAGGCAAAAAAAACGAACGAUAGGAGUUGUAGUCAUUUCUCUUUUGAGUUAAAUUGCUAGUGAAAAAUAAAGUAAUAGACUAAAACGGAAAAAAAAAUAGAGUUUUGUUACCUUUUUAGAGAUCUUUUGACUACCCAUACUUAUUCUUACAAGUCAAAUCUAAAUAUUUUUUUGUCGUUAUGAUACAUGUUUUUGUUAGAACGAGACAAAACAUAUUUUUACUGAGGUUUUGUGAAUUAAUGUGUAGGUAUUCAAUACAAUAGAUGGACUGAUUGGAUUAAUUGGAAAAUUUAGAUUCGCUAGCAAGAAUGAUUUCGUCGGGUGACAAGCAAAAGUCACUAACUAACACGAUUGAAAUUAAUGGACAAUAAACCGUGUUACAAGUGUAAUAAAGUGCAUUGUUACUUUAAUUUUUUGAUAGUACUUAGUGACUUUUGCUUGUCACCCGACGAUUUGUAUUUAUUUACAAACAUUGGAUUUACCUUUAGUCCACAAAAUAUGAAUAGCCAUUUAGUGUAUCGGCCAAUAAUGCUUCCACUAAGUUAUUUGUUGUAUGUUUGUCCGUCAGAACAAUACCUAAGUGUCAUAAUCAUAAUACAAAAAAAAAAAGAUAUAUUGGUCACUAUUACAUCGAUCUCUCACAGUGUACAAGAUACUAAGAAAUUUGAAUUAUGGAUGAUUUUAAUGAAAAAUAUAUUCGAAUAAGUGUGGAUUUAGUUAAAGAACGCAUUAUAUAAUAAACUGCCUUUUAGCAUAUCCGAAGAACUAUAGAUUAGAUUUAGUAUGUACAUUUUAUCAAAUAAAGUUAAACAAUUCAAU